AUGAUGGUGCACCUGCAGUCAGCCCAGGAGAGUUUAAGUGUGGUCAGGGAGCCUUUUAAACGCCCACUGGCGAGACCUAUUAACCCCACGCACACCCCUUCGUGUGGGCGUUUUCUAGCUCUGGCUUCCUACCUGCUUCCACAAGCCAUGGAGCUGGGUUCACAGGAGGAGUUAGCUGAAGGAGCAGAUGAAGAAAUAGGCCCAGAAAGGGUAAGUAGCUCACUCCAGGAAACAGUGGCAGAGCUGAGACGAGAGCCCCAGGCUCCUGACUCCCAGCACUGUGCCCUGUCUAGGAAACCAAGAAUUCUGAGGGAGCGAGUGAUGCGUGAAGAGCUGUCCACUCCCAGGUGCUGCCGGCUGGACCAAACUACCAUCCUGGCGGAGAAUGAGGUAAAGGUCAAUAAGUUAUCUAAUAACUACAAGAAACAUUUCUCCCUUAAGUUGUGCGAGGAUGCCAGUCAAUGUGAUUUCCUCUCUGAACUCGAGACCGCCCCGCUUCUUGGCCACCUCCACAGGCCACUCAAGGCUCAGAAAGUAUAUGCAAACCACCCAAAACAUGGUCGCUGGCACCGAGUCAGCACUUACAUCUGGCUUUUCCUGGGCUACUCCGUCCUGUUCAUCAUUCACAGCCUCAUCUGCUGCUUCUCUUGGUUCUUGGUGUUCACCAUUCCAGUUGCCAAUAUGAAUGCCAGGAUGGUGGCCAGGAUCCUGCUGGCAGACCCAGAGAGGGUGCAUAUGCGGAUGAUAAAGGCGCCCAUGGAUGCUGACACACUCUUGUGCUGCUGUCAUGCAGCUAACUCCUAUUACUACAAGUAUACUGUGGAUGGUGUCAGUAUCUUUGCUGUCAACCUCCUGCCACUGGUACUCCUGACCUUAACCUUGGGCUACAUGGACAGCCAGAACCAAUACACGAGCUCUCUUGCCAAGUUCACCCUCUCCCUCCUCUCCAUCAUACCCCUCUCUUACUAUAUUGGCAUGGCCAUCGCCAGCAUUUCAGCUCAGAGCACUUUCGCCGUGGGCGCCGUGGUGAAUGCCACAUUUGGCUCCAUCAUCGAGCUGACGUUUUAUAUCACUGCACUGAUCAAGGGGGCCCAGGAAAGGAACAAAUGCUACGAGGAGGUGGUGAAAUCUGCUUUGACGGGCACCGUGCUGGGCUGCGUGCUCCUCAUCCCAGGUCUCUGCAUGGUGAUAGGGGGAAUCCGCCAUCCUGAACAGAGGUUUAACAGCCGGUCAGUGGGGGUCAGCUCUACACUGCUCUUCCUCUCUGUGGGAGGUGUGUUUGCCCCAACACUCUUCUCCAAGGUCUAUGGAAGACUGAUCUGCGGGGAAUGCCAGAACAUCACCCAGGACCUCUCAGGGAGCUAUCUGUGCCACAGUUGCCGAUUUGACCUGAUGGAGAACAAUGGAACUCUCUACUACAGCCAUGUACAGCCCUUGGUAUAUACGGUGUCUCUCCUCCUCCCUGCUGCCUACAUUGUGGGCCUCUUCUUCACCCUGAAGACACACUCACACAUCUAUGACAUCCACAUCAGUGACUACCCCUGUGAGUUGCCCGAGGUGCCUGGGCACCACCAUGGUGCUGUGGUUCACUCCCGAUGGCGUGCACUGCUCUUCCUGCUGCUGUCCACCUUCUGCAUGUCUGCCUGUGCUGACCUGGCCACAGAGCACAUCAGCCCCAUUCUGGAGAGUUCCACUGUGUCCCAGUACUUCAUAGGAGUGACUGUCCUUGCCAUGGUGCCUGAAUUGCCUGAGAUUGUCAAUGGGAUUCAGUUUGCCUUGCAGAACCACCUGAGUCUCAGCAUCGAGAUUGGCAGCUGCAUUGCAGUACAAGUCUGUAUGCUGCAGAUCCCCAUCCUGGUGCUGUUCUCUACCUUCUAUCCAGCAGGGUUUAUGCUGUUCUUCAGUGAUCUCCACGUCUAUUCCAGCAUGUUCAGUGUCAUUCUCAUGAAUUAUAUCUUCAUGGAUGGCAAGUAUGAUUACUUUCAAGGCACUGUGCUGGUGAUGGUCUACCUCAUCCUCCUCGCGGUCUAUUUCUUUGCUCCUUCCCCUGCUGGCUGCUGA